UGAUGUUGUUUUUCUACAUGGCCCGUGGCGCGGCGUGCUUGGAGUGGAGAGUUGGAUUUGUCAUGCUUUCCUUGACAGGAUUGUGCCAAUGUAAAGGUUGAAAGGUUCCCUGAUUUAGACUCAAUGACAUCUGACUAAAUUUUACAUUUCUACCUUUGCGCCUGCGUUCUGCGUGCAACCCUGUUCAUCCAAGGCUUGGCCUUCAGUUGGUGUUUUGCUCGAAUCCGCUCGUCGUUUUGGACCACCAUCAUUGAGAGCAAACUCAGAGAGCAGGAGUCGGGUGACAGCCUUGAUGUGGUUCCUGGAAGAAAUUGAGGGGAGAUCUGCCGGAUCAGCACCUCCAGAUGAAAUGGAGAACGAUGAAGUCACAGAGGACGAGUACGAGUUGGAGAGCACUUCAGCCAGUGAACAUUUUCAACAGAAUGAACAUGCUGUUCCCUGGCCAAUUCCCGAAAAUGUUGAGCAUCAUGUUUGGCCACGGCACUUGGAAGACUAUUCCGUCGAGGACACUAUAACUUGGCUUUGUGCACGCAGUCGGCAGCUUGGCCACUUGCAAGGAAAGCGUGUGAUUCGCUUGACCCAGGGCCAGUACAUGCUUGCAGUCUUUGUCAACAACCUUGUUUACAAGCUGGAAGCCAAUCCUGACGGCUCCUUGGACCCCAGCAUCGUGCGAUCGUUGCUGACCUCUGUCGGAGCGGAGUCACAGCUCGACUCCGUCGCAUCCUACGACCUGGUCCUGGCAGUCGUGGUCGCCCAUUUCCGACGGCAGACCGAGGAGCCGGAAGAGCUGAGGAUCCAAGAGGUCCUCCGGAACCUUCUCAUGGCCAAAGCGCUGGGGCGUGGACAGGGGCGCCGGCAUGCUUUGCGGAAGAGCAUCCUGGGCCUUCUGUGGCGCCACCCGAGGCUUCGCGGGAAGAUCUCACACGUGUGCCGCGCUGGGAGCGUGGCUUUGGCCUUGGACACGAGCUCAUCGGACCAUGACAUCAUCCUUUGCUUGAAGGAUGGAGGUGUGAACAUGGUGGAGGAGCUGCAUCAGGUGAUUUUAGACCUGAAGAAGACCUGUCACCGAGAACGCUUGCGACGCGCGGAGGUGGUCAAGAAGGAUUUUGCCGUUGAGAUUAAGAAUUUCUACCGCCACGUGGAUUUCGACCUGGUGCCGGUGACCCUUGUCGAAGGCCACACAGGCGAGCAGCAAUGGGACGUUCAGCGCCAGGUCUGGCAAGCCUUGUUGCACCCUCGCUUGGCACCGAAGCUUCAGCAGCUGAGCGAAGAGCAUCCCGACGUGUUCUUUGCUUUGCGACUGAUGAAGAUUUGGAAUGAAUCCAUGGACUACCGACGUGGCAAACCUCCGUUGGUUACCUUGCAUAUUCCUUUGUUGACGCUGGGCGCCUGGCAGCAAGGCUACUUUAAAGAGUGCCGAUUUGUUCAGGACCUGGGACUACUUGUUGCAGAUCUUCCGGUACACCGAGCAGAAUUGGCUUCGUCAAGACCUGUCGCAGACGGAGACGAUGCUGAUGGAAUUGGAGGCGGAGCCACACCUGCGGCGGAUGAUCGCGAAGUACGACGAGGACACCCGACGGCGAUUUAGUCAGGCACUGAAGAACAGCAUCCAAUUGAUGAGCCAGGUCUGCGAUGGGGAGAAGGCGGGAUUUGUGGAGCGGCUUUUGGGCAGAAAGAAGUGCUUGGGCGGACAGAUUUGUUGCUCAUGCUAUAGGACUCUAGGACCCGUGUUCAGGCGGAAGCGGAUGCCAAUGUGCAAGAUCUGGUGGAUUUACUUCGGCAGAUCUUUGGGUGCCAGCCAGGGCAGCCGUUGCUGUGCCGCAACACCUCCAGCAAAUGAGUGGAAGAGUCUGUGACAGAGAAGUCGGAGCGUUGGGCGAGGUUUUUGCUUGAGGGGAGCCGAAGCCAGUGAUUCCACCUGGCCAGUGAAGCCUUUGGAAUGUUCUUGUACGUUCCAGCUGGAAGCAGAAGACCAUCCAAUUGCAUUGUUAAUUCGUGGGGGCAAGGUGGCAUGAUGACACUCUCGAGGGUGCGCUUAAAGAGGUCGCAGGCAGCAAAGGGGAACUGUGCGCCCAGCAGGGGUGGUUGCGCAUUGGCCAAGGUGACCAGAAACGUGUCUGGUGGGAAGAUAUAGGGAGGCUAUGGUAGUCUGAAGAAUCUAGGGGCAGACAGGGAGCAACGAAGCCGCAGGGGCCUGACGGAUAAUCAUCUGAAGCAAGUACAAUCGAACGGUCCAUUCAUUAGGUCUUCCGAAAAGAGCUGUGUGUCAAGACAUUUCUCACUUUUGUCAGGGUGUUUUUGACCUUCCCUAGAGAUCGCUUUUCUCUGCGACCCCUCCCCUCCUCUUUGGC